AUGAGGCUGAUCGACGUGAAGACGCUUGAGCUGAAGGAGUUCUUUGACGAUAACGUUCCCCGAUAUGCGAUUCUUUCCCACACCUGGGGACAGGAAGAGCCCUCAUAUCUCGAACUCAUAAACGGCGGAAAGAAAAAGCAACCGCCAUAUGUCGUCGGUCGGGGUUCGAGAAGAUCGUCCAAAGCGCGCGUCUGGCGGAAGAAAAGCGACUGCGGUAUCUGUGGGUUGAUACUUGCUGCAUCGACAAGUCGAGUAGUUCCGAACUCUCGGAAGCUAUAA